CCUAAGAAAAGCUUUAGACUUACAAGUUUGGCAUCAAGUCAAUUAACUUAAUUUAGGGGAAUAUACUAAUAGUAUAUUAGACCUGAAGAAAAAGGUUCGAAAAUAAUUUCGUAUUCUCUCAACAAUUUAACUUGUUAUUUAGAAAAUUAUUUUUGCUCUCAAAGUUUUCCACCUCUCCUUCAGGUCGUAAUUAAUAACUGAAUCUACAAAAUUAACUCUAAAUUGUUAUUAACAAGAUGAGGAUGAAGAUGCCAAGGACAAUCAGUGCGUCACAUUAACGAUUCAAGCCUUUCCAUUCAAAGUUAAAUUGCUCAUCUAAAUUAACAUUCAAAUCCAAAAAAAGAGCUUCAACAAUCAAGCUAAUCAAUUAUCCUAAUCAUUGAUUGAUUUAUUGGUUAACAGAUAAAUCCAGACAAUUAAUCAUUCCAUCCCAACAAUUUGCUGGUUACAAUACUUGAUUAGAAACUAUUAAUUACUUAACCAAAGUAAAAUUAACUUAGUAUCAACAACUAACUGAAUUAACUUUAAUGGUCAAUGAAUUUUAGAUUCAACAAUCAACGGAAUUGUUAAAAUACUUGACAAUUGUAAUGAUUGAUGAUGAAGGUUAUUUUUAGGUUGAUUGUUUCAUCCUAUGGGUGCUUUUGAUUGUUGUUUAUUAAUUGUGAUGAUUAAAGUUAAUUUUAAAUUCACAGAUCAAUUGAGCGGUAAAUUGUUUCAAUCUCUCUGUUAACUGUUCAACCAAAUAAUUAGUUUGUCAAUUUUUUUUUUGAUGAAAAAACAAAAUUCAUCUCUCAACAAAGUAAACUAAUCAUGAGAAUUAAUUAAUUGCUCUUCAAAUGUCAGCAAUUAAUUGACAAUCAAGAAGAAAAUUUUGACCAGAAAAUUGUUUGUCAAUCGUAAAGAUGAACAAACAAUUAAAUACAAAUAAUAAUAAACUUGAAAUUAACUAAUUCCUGUUCUGGUUCCGCUUCAAUAUCAUUUAUGUUAUUGUUGAAAUCACUUAACACUUGAUAGUAAAUAAUAAUAAUAAAUUACAAUUACGAUCAACAAUUAGGGAGAAAAACUUUUACUUUUAUGAUUAAAGAUGAAGAUAAACAAUCAAUUGCUCACUCUAUUGUUUAUCGUUGAUUAGUAUUAAUCAGAGUCUUUUCCCAUGGCUGUAAAUUCACCGUGAAACCUUAAAGAUGAGGAUAAAAGUUGAUUAUACUUUGGAGAGCAAUUAAGAAAACGACAACAAUUAAAUCAACAGAUUCUAAGGCCAAUGGAUCAACUGAUGCAAAUCUUUCACCAUCUUCACUUUAAAUGUAAACAAUGAUGAAUAUGAAUCCACUAUUUAAACGGUUAAAUCAGUGAAUUAAUGUUCAUUUAGUGUUGACAACAAUUAACGGUCAUUUAAUUUUCUUAAUAACAGUGAAAGUUAAAAAUCAAUAAGAAAAAUGAAUCAACAAUCAAUAGUUAAUUUUGUUUCCUUGUUUCUUUGGAUUCUGAUUUCUUCAGUGUUGGCUAAGGAAUCAGUGGACAGAGAUGGUGAUCAACUGAGGAAUCAACAAUUAGCCGGUAUGUUAACAACAAGUUCACCCGAACUAAUUAAGCCAAGAAUGGCCUCAGGGACUUUUUCCCUUGGUCAGUUCAGUGGGAAAAGUGUAAAGGUCAAGAAUGGAGUUGAUGUUGAGGCGAUUAAGAGUCGUGUAGAUAAAGGGACUGCCGUUGUUUCCGGAAUUCUGUCCACAUUUGCAGGUUCCGGUGAUUCGUCCACACUGGAAGAUGCUUUUUCUAAGUACGAUGAAUUGAUGGAGGACAUUGAGGCCGAUUUGACGAAAGCUAAGAUUGGAUUAGGAUUGAAAUUAGAAGAAAGUUUAAAAGAUUAUAAAAAAUCGAGUGAUCGAUUUUUCCGCUCUUUAAGGUCAUUUAGUGGUACAAGUUGGGGCUAUUUUCCUAAUCAGGGUGGCAAUUAUUUUCCACAAUUAGAUGAGAAAGAUUUGAAGAAACGAGUGAUGAAAUUAAAUGAGAUGCUGAAUAAAGGAUUUGAAGGUUUUCUCGAAAUGUCAGAAAAAAGCAAAGAUGUUCUAAGGCGAAUGUACAAACGUCGAUAUGAGAUGAGAAAUGGUUUUAAUUAUCGUCAGAAUAAAAUCAAAUAGCGCAAUUAACUAACCAUCUUAAUACAAUCGAUGGAAAUUGUAAUCAACUUUUUGUGUAAUUUAUUCUAAUGUAACUUGUGUAACUUUUUUUUCUGUGAAAAUAAAGUAUUAAAUUCCUUCUUCAACUGUAAUAAUAAUUAUCAAUUAUUUUCGGAACAAAAUCGAUUCCCCUAAUUGUUGCCAAUUAAUUAAU